UAGCGGUUCGAAUCCGGCAGAUGCUUGUUGGAUUUAAAUUAUGUACGCUUGAUUCCUGAUGAUAAGAGCCUUUAAACAGGUCACCAAGCCCACAAGUCAAUGUUCCUUGUUUAAAACUCUUCCUAUGUUUGCUUGCAAUGUAUGUUAAAUUUUAACUGUAUAAAUUUUGGGUCUCUCCAAAUACUGCAUAUCGAGUACUACAACAGGCCUAAUCUGAUUGAUAUAAUAUAUACAGUCUGAUCUGAACUGGUUUAAGGAAGAUGGGUGAAGACAAGCCUUCAAAGUUGCUCUUAAUCUUUGUUCUUACUGCAGACCUUGUGGCAAUUGGAUUGGCUGUUGCUGCAGAGCUCAACAGGAGCAGAGCUAGGCUGGUUCCAGAUGACUAUUAUGAAUAUGUCUAUUGUAUAUAUGAUACAGACAUAGCAACUAUUUAUGGAAUGGGUGCUUUUCUGUUACUUGGUAUAAGCCAUGGACUAUUAAUGGCUGAUACAAAUUUUUUAUGGGGUGUAAUUUCUAGUAAGAAUCCAGGAACACCUCACGCAUGGACAAUUUUGUUAUUCAUAGCCUCCUGGCUUACUUUUGGCAUAUCAGAGAAUUGCUUUAUUUGGGGAUCACUUAAGAAUACCGAUCACACUUAUUACAGAGAUAUUACAUUGACUUGUGAAGAAGUGCCCAAGGGAUUGUUUGCAGCAGGGGCAGGUUUUACAUUGCUCACCUUGGUUUUGAGUAACCUGUACUAUUUUGCCUUUGUCAGAGAAAAGGAAAAUGAGAGAUCCAUGUUUCUGGUAUCUCUAGUACCAAGUGAUGGAGACCAUAUUGUUGGGAUAGAUUGCAGCCAGAAAAUUUGAUUGUGGGGAUGUCAUGUUUUAUAAUUCCCUUUCUUAAUUCUGUCUAAAUUGAAAGUAAUAGUGCCUUAUUUGUUUAAGAUUUCAUAUUAUGUAGUUGAAGAUUGUUGAAUGGAGCUAAAGCCAAGUUCAGGUGCCUCAAAAAUCAAGCACCUCAUUGUGGAUGAGUUGACAGUAAAGUCCCCUACCUGUUAAAGAUCUUAUGCUAUGUAGUUGAAGAUUGUUAUACGGACCUAAAGCCAAGUUCAGGUGCCUGAAAGUCAAACACAUCAUUGUGGAAGAUGUUUGUUACAGGUUCACGAGACCAACCCCUCUUUCCGUAUUUAUAUACUUCUGACUUAUAGUAAAUUUGAUUAGUGUCAUUGGGCUAAACAUGGUAUGAAAGUUAGGAGAAUGUAUCUUCAGUUCUACAAAGGAUUUUUCCCUUCAUACCUGGCUUUCCCAUCUUGUUUUGCCUGUCCAAUUUGUAAUGCCCUUAAACCCUAAAAUAAACUUCAACUUCUUGAAUAUUUCAUCUUUUUUGGCAGAAAGUUGUAAUGUUUAAAAAUUAAAAAAGGAUGCAAGUCGACCUAAAAUUAUGUGAUCAGAGUCAGGGUGCUAUUGUAUUGAAUCUAUACAUCUUCCUGAUGAUGGAAUUCUGAGUGCAAUCCGAAAUGCUGAUUAAAAAAUCAUACUGUUUUUUUACAGAAA